CAUUUUUUCCGAAAUAUAAAGUUGAAAAUAUAUAAUUCUUCCGGAAUUUUUCAGGAACGACACGAUGAAUAGUGUAAAUUACUCGGAGAGAAAAUGUCCAGUGUGUUGCACUCAUCCUGCAAUACUGAAUACAUACGGAGUGUGGGCUUGUUUGCAUUGCUCAGAUUUCUUCUACAACAAUGUAGUGAAAUUAGAGGUUCCUCGAUGCCAACGAAUAGGCAAUUGCCUGUUGAUGGGGGAGAACGAUUGCAGUUUUUGUUGGUUGAAUAAAUGUUACGAAGUUGGAAUGGAUGCUGAUAAAAUUAGUUAUGGUGAAAAUUACUUAAGCAUACGUUUCAAUCGAAUGGUCGAAACUCGAAAAGGAAUCAGGUUGAACGUGAUGAAAGACGAGGAUCAGCUAUUGGAAUAUAUUCCACACUUACAACAGAUGUUUAUCAAAGCAUCAAAGCGAAUCAAAGCAUUUAAAAUUUUACCCGUUUCCCAUCAAGUAAGAUGCAUUUUCUGAUGAGGAAUUCAAAAAGUAAAAUUUCUUACAUUUAUUAUGAAUUGAAACAACUUGCAAUGAGGAAACAUCGAACAAUAUGUGCAUUUAUUCAGUCUAAUUUGUACCUGCUGAGACAUUUACAGGCGCAAUAUAGCAAAAGAAUCUAAGCUUUACUUAGAGAAACAUAAAUACUGUGGCCACAGUUUGAAUUACACAUAUUCAUCAAACUGGAAACUAGGCGUAAAACAUUCUUCUUCAGUUUGUGUAUAGGUAUAAAUUAGACAGUGCCAAGAAGCAGGAUUUAAGAUCUGUUCAUUUGGUGGGACAGUGACCCUUUUGUGUCAAAUUUUUGUAGAAAUAUGUACUGUCUCAGCCAAGAUCUUGAGUGUGCAGUUAAUAACAUUAUUGUUCAACACUCGAAUUUACAACCUAAUUCCAAACAGAAGAACUUUUGAAGUUUAGUUUCUUGUCUAUGAAAGACGUUCAAGUGUUUAAACUUCGAGUUUGUUCGUAUUUUUGCUUCACUAAUACGUUGAUUCCUUAGUCUAUCGCUACAAUAGGUAUAGUAACAGAUGGAUAUUCUGAAUAUAUGCCUUUUAUGUUCGAUGUUUUUGCAUUGUUACCUUGCUUAUAUUUAAAAUAAAAUACUUUCUGAUUUAUAGUCUGUGAUUACAUUA